AUGGCGUUUUUAUUUAUUUUUUUUUAUUUUUUAUCGCUUCAAUAUCCUCUUUCUCUCUUUAAUAUUUUCUCCCUCUUUUAUAUCUUCUCUCUCUUUGAUAUCCUCUCUCUCUUUAAUAUCAUCUCCCGCUCCUUAAUAUCCUCUCUCUUCAAUAUCCUCUCUCUCUCUAAUAUCUUCUCUCUCUUUAAUAUCCUCUCUAAUAUCCUCUUUCUCUCUUUAAUAUCCUCUCCCUAUUUAAUAUCCUCUCUCUCUCUCUGUCACUCUAAUAUCCCCUUUUCUUCCUUUCGUUCAAUUUUUUUAGUCUUCAGAACCUCUUUCCUAGUCAUUAUCUUUCUUUCUUUCUUUCUUUCUUUCUUUCUUUCUUUCUUUCAAAUGGUUAAUUCUACACAAUGUUUCCGCUUUCUUUCUUUCUUUCUUUCUCUUUUUCUCUCGCCCUUUCACUUUCUUUAUUUCUUUCUUUCAAAUGGUCCUUUUCCGAUAAACUCCUUUGUUCCUCCCACCCUCAUUACUGAGGGGUGGGGACCAAUGUUCUGCCCUGGGGGCCACGUUUCUUUCCUUCUUUUCUUUCAAUUCAGAACCUCUUUCCUAGCCAUUCUCUUUCUUUCUUUCUUUCUUUCUUUCUUUCAAAUGGUUAAUUCUACACAAUGUUUCCUCUUUCUUUCUUUCUUUCUUUCUUUCUUUCUUUCUUUCUUUCUUUCUUUCUCUCUCCCUUUCAUUUUCUUUAUUUCUUUCUUUCAAAUGGUCCUGUUUCCCCUGCUAUCGAUACGUCCCUCCAUGAUGUGGGUACAGAAGUUCUGUGACCUGAUGACAUGGCCAGUCUAUUGCAGUUUUCGUUUUCCUUAUGGUGGCUAUCAAUUAUCUCUCCGUUCUCAUCUCCUCCACGGCCGACUGAUUUGUUUUGUAGUCUGUCCAAGUGAUGUGCAGGGCCCGCCUGUAAGAUGUUGUCUCGAAAGACAUUAG